AACAAGUAAAAAUCCAUGCUACAACUACCAGCUCGAAGGAGGAUACAAAAGCUUUCGAUUUUAUUUUGGUAAACUCACAGAGAAAAGUGAUGUUUAUGACUUUGGAGUAGUUCUUCUCGAGCUUCUCAUGGGAAGAAAACCAGUCGAGAAACUGGCCCCAUCUCAGUGCCAAACUAUAGUUACAUGGGCCAUGCCUCAGCUAACAGAUAGAUCAAAGCUACCAAACAUUGUGGAUCCAACAAUUAAAAAAACAAUGGAUUUGAAACAUUUAUACCAAGUGGCAGCUGUUGCUGUGCAUUGUCUUCAAUCUGAACCCAGUUAUCGCCCUCUGAUAACUGAUGUCCUUCACUCUUUAAUUCCUUUAGUACCUGUAGAGCUCGGAGGUACACUUAGAGUUUCUGACCCAUCCAGGAGUCCAAAUGUUGAGUUCUGACUGAAUAAAUAUUGUCCCUGUUGGAAACAUGCAUCUGAGUAUGGUGUUCAGAAUGAGCGUUCAUAAUGAACCUGCAGAAUAUAGGAGAGCUCAUUUGCUUCAGAGGAAAAGUCCUUUUCCUGAAUUGUUGUUGUAAAAAGGAAAAAAAAAAACAAGAGUCCUAAGGGGGUUGCUCUUUUGCUCCUUAAUGUUAUAUUUGUAAAUACACGGUUUUAAGACAUUUGCUGAGAGGAAAAUUUUGGAGAAAUUUAGCCAACUUUUGA